AUGACUCUAUUGCAUUCAGUCCUGUCGCCACUGAUUCUCGUAGCGGCAUCAGAUACAAGCCAUGCUAGCGUCUCUAGCUCAAACUAUGCUUCUUGGUCUCAUCUGCUCGCUCCAUUCGGCCUCGUUCAUGGCAAAUUACAAGUUCGUGACGCCCAGGCAAAUCUCACCGUACUAGACGAUUACAUGGUUCGAUUCAUGACUCCCGCGGAAUUCGGGCAAUUCACUGCAAAUCCAGCUACUGUACAAUACAUUGCAAACAAGGCACUCCAGCUGUAUACCCAGCCGAAUAUUCAUUUGCCAGUCAUUCGCAAUGUGAAGGAUGUGGAUAGUGAUUAUGCUACUGUGAAUACGGACGAUCUGACCCCAUGGUUUGCUGAAUAUCGAGAAACCAUUUGUAAACUUAUUGGCGUUGGAGAGCAUGAGACCUUCAAUCAUCCCAUAUCAUGUUUGGUGAUUGUGUCAGCUCAAGAUGCUGAUCCAGUCCAGAUCGCAAACGACUUGCUAGAUAACACUGUCAAGAAACUAAAUACGUAUCGUGGAGCACUAGAUACUAGUUUGUUACGGCAGUAUAUUGUCUUACAUGAUGGUCAUGCUUCUACAGAUCAGCAGGUCGAAACAGCACUCACAGCAAUGAGGAAAGCAUUCGGAAAUGCAUGUCAACUAGUGAAAAUUAACUCUAUACCUAAAAGUAAUGGUUCAUCAUCGCCCACUCGGACUUGGUCUGGCAUCAAUUAUUAUAUAGAUAGAUGGCGAGAUGAUGCUAUGGCUAGACAUCGUAUCGCUACAUGUGCCGCAGAAUACGAGGCAUCAAUGAAAACCGACGGUGCUCACGCACCUCAAGAAACAAAACCAUAUCAUGAAGACCUAGUUGAAUACGGGUCACACUUUUCUCAGGAUGAUAUUCAUGGAUUGCAGACUUUUGUAAAGACACUUGUUGGAUUAAAUCUGUUUCCGUUUAUGGAGAGGAAUAUGCAAGUGUGGAAUGAACAGGUCGCAAGUCAACGUCGAGGUUUAACGAAUCGUCUCAUGACGGCAUCACGGAGAUUCUUUGGUGGAAAGCAAUCCAGUGCGGAGGCUGCCAUUCAAGAUCCCAAUCAAGUCUUAUACCCAGCGUCGUCACCUGAAUUAGUGAUGAGGAGACUGGCUGACUAUGCCUUCAUGUUGCAUGAUUACAAGUUCGCUCAAUCGACAUAUGAUACUGUAAAACGAGAUUUUACUGCGAAUGAUAAAGCCGCAAAGUAUCUCGCUGGUUCUCAGGAAAUGAUUGGAAUAUGUGCUCUAAUGUCAGAUCCAACGACAACAGGUCGAUCCGUAGAUGGAUAUGUUGAUGCUGCUAUUCACUCGUACGCUGAAUCGAAAUCAUCAUUAUAUGCUAUUCGCACGACACUACUAUAUUACGAGAUGUUGAGAGAACGAGGACUGUAUCGAGAUUGUCCUAAUUUACUUACAAGGAUGUUCAAUAUUGAGGAGAUUGAUGUUCGUGGUGGUCUAUUACUAGAACAAGCAGGUUUAACUUAUUUGAAAUUCAGUCCUCCCAUGAUUCGGAAAUAUGCCUUCCAAACUAUGUUGGCUGGUCAUUGGUAUUCUAGAUGCGGCUUGAGAGAACACGCAUAUCGCUGCUACGCUCAACUAGACUCAAUGGAGAAGCGAGAAGGCUGGUCUACACUAUUAGAACAUCACUACUACAAUAUGGCCAAGACGGCACAAUUGUUGGGUGAUGGUGAUCAUGCUAUAGAAUUGUUUGUGAAAUUAUUGAAACCGAAUCGUGGACAGACUCCUGGACAGCAGUAUACGUAUGUUAAGGAUUUGGUUGCGAUUUAUUCAGAGUUGGCUGGAAAGUCCUCUGUACCUAUCAACGUUCCAUCUAUAGAUAUUCCUCAUAUUGAUCCCAGUACUGUGUAUAUAACAUUAUUAGAGACUGGACAGCAGCAAAUGCAAGAUGGUGAUGACGAUGAGAUAUGGCUGGAUAUGGAGACGAAACUGAAUAAUUUGGUGUCUUCUACGUACAAGAAGAUUACUAGUCGGGCUCCCAUCGUGUCUAAGAAUCUGGAUAAGAUGUUGUGCGCCAUUGGAGAACCAUUGUUUGUGCACUUCGAAUUAUUCAACCCACUUCAGAUAUCAGUCGCCAUAUCGAACGUAGUGAUUGAAUGUCAACUGGAAGUCGAUCCUAAAGCCUCAACACGUGUAUCUCCCUUGCCUCGACACUCUCUAUCUUCCGCACACUCAACACUCAUAGACCAGCCACAUUUCAGUUUAGAAAUGCUGGACAAGGUUGUCCUUGAUGGCCUUGAACGACGAACCAUCCGCUUACGAGUACAUCCUCGAAACGAAGGUAACCUGACGAUACUAGGCUUCCGAUAUAAUAUCUUUGAAGUCAUACCAUGCUGCAAGCUCUUUGACAAGCGUGGUAAACGAUUGAAUGAUACAUUACCACAACGGACUAGUCAAGUAUAUGGGGCUGAAAGUUCGCUCAAGUUGCUUGUGACUGCUCCUAUGCCGCUCAUUGAUGUUGCUUUCCACUCUUGGCCUAGUAAAGGAGGAUCUGCCGAUCCUGAUGGUGGAUUAUUGUUGGGUGAAGUUGUUCAGACUGUUAUGGAGAUUACCAAUAAGGGAAAUCGAGGUUUGGUUGAUUUGAGGAUUAAGAUUAGUCAUCCUACCUUCCUGUUUGUUGGUAGUAGUGAGCAGAUUGAUUUGCCUGUUUAUGCACCCAGUAUCAACGAAUCAAAGAUGAUCAACGUGUCGAAUGCAUUGACAGAUCCCAGUGUGGUCUCUGUGAAUUUACCUAUCACGGAUUCUGUCACUGGUGAAAUGAUUCUGGGACCCAACUCGACUACCUUGAUUCCUGUUUGGUUGAGAGGAGAGUCUGUUGGAAGGCAUCAUAUGAAGUUUCUGUUUUCGUAUCGGUCUGAGGAUAAGAAUGAUAAGAUUGGAUUCCGAACGUUUCGAUCCAGUAUGGUUGUGGAUGUGAUGCCUUCGUUACGUGUAAAUGCGUUUACGAGGCCGUCACCACGGACCUUGAAUGAUUUCAUUGUUGGUGUUGAGAUUGAGAACAUGCAUCCUCAUUAUGAUUUUGCAAUGGGGCAAAUGACCUGUGCAAGUCGACUAUGGGAAUUGGAAGCAGUUGAUGAUGCUAAACCAGCACCGAAUUUAUCACACAAAAACACAACCUUUUGCUUCUUCAAACUGUCACGCCUGGAUGCUGGAUUAUACAAAUUUGAUUCAUCGCCUGAGAAUAUGAGUAUUAGUGCUAUUGAGAGUUUGAUUGUUAAGGAUACGCCUCAGGUUAUUCAGCCGGGCAGUAUAUCGUUGAGUGUGUCUACAGUUCCACUGGGCACGUCGCCUAGUCUGUAUACUACCAUUCCACUACAAGGCCUCACAACAAAUUCACGAAUCGACCAUCGAGUAACAGGACUCUCAUCACAAUACCCAAUGCUCAAACACUCACAACUCGAUGACUUAUUCACACUUUACGUAUCAGAUGAAGUCGACCUGGUCUUAUACUAUCAAGUGCAAACAACAUCAUCUGACGGUAGUGAGAAACUCAGACAAGGGCAUCUAUAUCUCUUUGGAAUUAACCUAUCUCCACAGAAUUCAAUGCCAUUUGAUGCAGUGCUAGCACGGAAUAAUGUAUUAAUAAGUGGGCCAUCGAAAGCUUUGUUUGCAGAGACUGUGAGAGAACGCAAGUUGUUUGUGGCUAGUUUGAUGAAGCCAAAACAAAAGGAGACUAGUCCUGUGAGGGUUGAGAUUUGUUGUGACGGUGAAGUUGUGCAUGAUUUUGUUAAUGAGAGCUUUUGUGUCAUCCGUGUUUUAGUCGUGGUGAGGAAUAGCUCAUGGAUGAAUAGAGCGCAUUUCGUGUUGGAGUUGAUUAGUGGGAAAGGAUCUGACGCGACUUCGCCAGAAUACCAAUGGCUAGGCACUCCAUUCUGUGAAGCAACUCUUGAACCCGAAUCUGAAUUCACAUUCGAAAACUUUUUCUGUGUAUUACGAGAGGGUGUUUAUAAUGUAUCGAAUUGGAUGAUUCAUGUUAGAACCAGCUUGGCUAGUGGUGAUGUGCAUGCUGGUGGUGUAAAGAGUGACCAGCAUUUCACUCAGACGUCUGGAUUGCCGCAAUAUGUUACGGUCUAUGCUGCUUGA